AUGUGCAACCAGCUUCUGACAUGUCGCAGUCCUACAAACAAGUGUUUGUGUCCAAACGGCUCCUUCAGAUACAACAACACGUGCUACACAGUGGAACAGUUAAAGGUAACGGAGAUAAAAAACACUUUCGAUGAAACAUCUCUCAAUCUAACAUGGAAGCCCCCCAAUUUGGGUGCGAACUUCAGUUACAAUGUGUCUCUCAACAGUGGAUUGAGUAACGGGGUGACUGUACCAUCAACAAGAUUUGAGGGUUUAGCACCUGGAACACUCUACACAGUCAGUGUCGUCACAAGCGUUCUGAGAGACCCAGGUUAUAGUAGCACUGGAGUGGAAUACUCACCUAAUGUCUCCAACAGUUUUUAUACAAAGCCCGCUAUGCCCGGUCCUCUAAGUGCAAGUGUUUAUUUGGGUCCAAACGUCAACCUUACAUUCACAAAGUCUGUCGGAGGUGUGGCUUUCUACAUUGUUACUGUAACACAGCGCGAGUCAGGCAGACAAUGGACAAAGAACAUCAGCUCACAAAGUGACCCUGUACGCGUCGAGCUCGCUAAUCAGACGGCUGGAGCAUAUUACAAUGUAACAAUCAUAGCCUACAGUGGUGGCAUUAGCAGUGACACCCGUACUGCAACCUACCGGGUGGAAGUUGACGUUGCUGGGGGAGUCACAGAGUUAAAUGUGACUCAGUCAGGAAGCAGAUGGGUCCACGUGAAAUGGAGACCCCCGACAAAUCCAAACGGCGAAAUACUGGGCUACACUGUGACAGUGGCUCGUUCGAACAACUCAACUUGUGUCUCAGGAGUCGCUGUUUUAUGUUCAAACUGCAGCGAAUUGACGCUUAAACAGAAUUCAACUUCACUGAAGAUGCCAGAUGUUUCUAACUGCACUAAAAACGACUCCAAGAAGCAGACAUAUGAAGAGCUAAAGUCAGAUAUGUGGCAAGAAGUGAACGUCACAUCACUGUCCCCGUAUGUUACGUACCAAGUGACGGUCGUCGCUGUCAACGAGAAAGGACGGGGACAAGAAAGCAACAAAGAUUUCAAAACACAAAGUGAAGCUGCAGAGAAUUUGGUAAGUUUGACUGUGGAGGAGCCUGGGACUGUUGGACAACUGAACAUCACAUGGGUACCAGGAGAGGAAACGGGCAACACCUCCUACAAUGUAACAUGGUUUGAAGAAUCCAGUAUUGGUUCUGGAGAGUUCAACAUCUAUAAAGGCGGCUCCAUUCUCUCUGGUUACACGCAGAAUAAAUACACAAUACGUGGUCUUCUGAGCUACUGGAAAUACCUAGUCAGUGUCAGACCUUCAACAGAAAUAGGCCUUUCACCUGAAGAGAAUCACACCGUCGCUCGUACUUUGGAUUCAGCACCUGGUGAAGUCGAGAUAUUUAAUAUAAGCCAGCCUUCAGACUCUGCAACAUAUCUUCAAUUUACCGUCAGCUGCCCGAACGAGAAAGAGAGAAACGGGGUUAUCCUCUUUUUUGUUGUCAGAGCUUCCGUUCCAGCAAAUGAGACGCUGGGUUCUGUGAGUGUUACAAACGGCUGCAAACAGAACUACACUUUUAAUGCUCCCGUGAAGGCAGAAACUAAUUACACAUUGGAGGCCUUUGCGAACACCAGCAAGCAUGAAGGAAUUUCUAAGACUAACAAGUUUUAUGUUGCUCCUAGAGCUCCAACAUUGACUGUCGAUCCUGACUUCGGUGGAUCACUUCUGAAAGAUGCUAGUGGUGUGACCCAAACCUCAGCUGUAAUAAAUAUCUGUCCUUGUCUGGUCACAGACCGCUCACAGGGAAACAUCACACUAGCAGGUCUUAUAGUCUGCAAAGGAAACUGCGAAACCUCAACAUCUUCUGAUCCUAAUCAUUUCCGAUCUGGUGUCAUGACGUGGAAACAAUUCAAGGACAAGGGCUAUGAGGGAAGUUACAGGCCGACCCCUGAUGACUGGCAUGAGACUCAACACGUUGGGUCAUCCCGAAGAAAAAGGUCAACCUUGCUGUCACGUUCCAUCCGUGCAACGCUCAAUCCGAUAAACUUCACCUUAGGGGAUGACGUGAACUGUGAGCAGAAGGACAACAGUGUUUACUGUAACGGACCCUUGCCCCCUGGCUACACAUUUGCGUAA